AUGAAGUAUGUGCGAAUGGCCACCGAGAUCGAGUUACCCGAGGAGUAUGGUUACGAUAAGAUCAAAAACAACCUAUCAGAAAGCUCUGUCACUGGCCAAACGCUCCAAUCACUCGGGUUGACGAUUCCAACCGAUCUAAUUCUCGUGUAUAAUGAGCAUCGCGGGGGUGGGAGGCUUCGUGAACUGAUCGUAGCUGGUUCUGGCCUUUCCAAGGACGACGUCCUCAUUACUCUCGGGGUAGCUGGUGCGCUGUUCAUUAUAUCCACGUCGCAACUGACCAAGAAAGAUCAUCUUGUUGUCGUGCGUCCGAACUAUGCAACCAAUAUCGAGACGCCGAAAGCGAUUGGUUGCAAUGAUACUUACGUAGAUCUCUCAUUCGAACUUGGCUUUGCGAUAGAUCUAUCUUCGAUUGCAAGUGCAAUUAAGCCUAGUACAAGGAUUGUCUCUGUAACUUGUCCGCACAACCCAACUGGUGUUGUGAUUCCUCGAGAAACCCUGAACAGCCUGGAUGAACUUACGAAAGCCAAAGGCUGCUUGCUUCUGGUUGAUGAAACUUAUAGAGAUAUUCAGUGUGGGGAGAAGUUGCCAUUGGCAGCCUCGCUAGGUGACCAUAUUAUCAGCGUCUCGUCUCUCUCCAAGUCAUAUGGAAUUCCCGGAAUCCGUUGUGGCUGGCUGAUUACCCAAAACGAAGCCUUACAGGAAGAAUUUCUGGCCGCAAAAGAGCAGAUCAACAUCAGUGGAAGUGUUAUUGACGAGUGGAUUGCUGAGCAGGUUCUUGAGAGACAUGAAUCCAUCCUUUUCCAGACGACUCAGCAGAUGGAGACUCGACUCGACUUGGUGGAGGCUUGGAUUGAGAAAGAAGACUUGCUUGAAUGGGUUCGUCCUUCUGGGGGAGUUGUUUGUUUUCCGAGAAUGAAAGUUGAGCCCCCUGGUGGGACGACUCAAUUCUAUGAGAGAUUACUCCUCAAGCAUGCGACUUAUGUUGGGCCCGGCCAUUGGUUUGAGAUGCCAGAUACGUUCUUUCGAUUAGGCUUGCCGACUCUCGACCAGCUUCAAGCUGGAAUGGAUGCUAUCUCUCAAGCUUUGCGAACUUGA